AUGGACGCUACAACACAAGCGCAGCCCCUCGCGGACCGCCCGACUAACACCCACCUGGCCAACGCCAACACCGACAAGACAGAUCUCAAGGCCGCGGACAUCUCAUCAAUGGAGCACCACCGCCAGGUACUGCAGGAUAAGUUGGAGAGUGGCGAGAAGCAACCAACUGCCUACGUGUCGCCCUCGGAUGACAUUAUGAGUCCCUGUAGCAAGAAACUGAGUGACAUUAAGGGCAAGCGAUUCAAGAAUGCCGGCAAGCCCCAGUCUCUCUUCGCCAAGCUCGGAAAGAAGAGCUACGAGCAAUCAUCCGCCGAACAAGGCCGAACUGGCGAGUAG